AUGGCCAACGAUUCCUUGGCUACAGGGCGUGUGAUCGGCGAUGUCCUGGACCCCUUCGUCAGCACUGUCGACCUCACUGUCGUGUAUGGCGGCGGUGCCGACGACAGCAUGCCAGUUAUUAGCGGCGUUGAGCUUCGUGCGCCGGCGGUCGAGGAUAGACCGGCGGUCGAGGUUGGGGGAGAUGAUCUUCGCGUCGCAUACACUCUGGUGAUGGUGGAUCCUGAUGCCCCUAACCCUAGCAACCCAACCCUGAGGGAGUACCUGCACUGGAUGGUGACUGACAUCCCAGCGUCAACCGAUGCUACAUACGGGAGGGAGGUGGUGUGCUACGAGAGGCCGAACCCGGCGACGGGGAUCCACAGGAUGGUGGUGGUGCUGUUCCGGCAGCUGGGGAGGGAGACGGUGUACGCGCCGCCGGUGCGCCACAACUUCAGCACCAGGGCCUUCGCCCGCCGCUACAACCUCGGCGCCCCCGUCGCCGCCGUCUACUUCAACUGCCAGCGCCAGGCCGGCUCCGGCGGCCGCCGCUUCACCGGCCCCUACGUCUCUCGCCGCCGCCAACAACCCUAA